AUGCCCGGAUCAAAAACAAAAACACCCCCGAUAUCACCCAGACCGAAGUCCAAUCAUGCUCAUGGUCCAACUCCCCUAUCGGAAUUCCAGAAUCUAGGCAAAGGAAUCCUCUUCUUCGAUCCAGCAGCAGCAGCAACAUCACCACCAAACCAUGACGGUAAUCACAACCAUGACCCCCAACUCAUCGUCCUCUGCACCUGGCUAGGCGGCGCCACUCCACGGCGCAUCGCCAAAUACACCUCAGGCUACCGGCGUCUCUUCCCCGUCUCACCCAUCCUCGUAAUCCAAACCGUCAUUGCCGACUUCACCGUCCGUUCAGAACAGGCCAUUCGACGAAACCUAGCCCCGGCAAGAGAUGUCAUUCGGCAUGUUCUCCUUACCCGUUUUCGCCCCACUACUGAAUCACCCCGUGCAGGAGGAGUCCAUAGCGCACCGGAAAAUGAGAAUCACAGGACAGGCACAGGAAGGACAGGAAUCCUGUUACACAUCUUCUCCAACGGAGGGUGUCACCUAUCCCUCCAACUAGCACACACCUACCUCUCCUCUUUUGGCCACGACUCGCUCCCUGUCAGUCUACAAAUCCUCGAUUCCUGCCCCGGCACGUUUUCCAUUGCGCAGACGUAUGGAGCAGCAGUGCAUUCCGUUCCGGCUCACCAUCCUUGGGCGGUACAGAGUCUCGAAAGAUGGGGGUUGUGGGGUGCCGUGGUGUUGGUUGCGGGCAUACAGAAUGGACUGCCGAGGGCGAUUGGGGAGAAGGUGGUACGAAGAAAGUUGUUGGGUGGGGUGGGGGUGGAUUUUGAGGGGAUGAGGCGGGGGGUUUUGGAUGAUGGACUUUUUGGAGGUGGGGGGCAAAGAGAUGGAAAGAAAGAAAGGAUGGGGAGGUUGUAUUUGUAUUCGAAGGCGGAUGAGGUGGUGGGGUGGAGGGAUGUGGAGAGGCAUGUGUGGCUGGCUAGGAAGUUGGUGGUGAAGAAGAAGAAGAAGGGAAUUGAAAACGGGUUGGUGAGAGCGGAGAGGUUUGAAAAGGCGAGUCAUUGUGCGUUGGUGAUGGAGGAUGAGGAGAGGUAUUGGAGGGCUGUGAGGGAGAGUUGGGAGGGGCAGAUGGAGAGGAGGCGGAUGCGGAGAGAGAGUCGCGAAGAAGAGGAGUGUGAACCCGGAAAAGUCGUGCUGGGGGCUACGGAUGAACGAGGGGGAGAAGGGGGAGUUGGCGAAGAGCCAGGGACAAGGUCCGGAGUUGAAGAAGGGGUUGAGUCGAGAGCAGCUGAGGUUUCGAGGACGAGAGGUCGCACCAGCAAGCUCUGA